GAUUAGUUCAAUGAAAGUUUGAAAAGGAAUUGGAAGUCGAUACGUAUAAAACAAUGUGGUAGACCAUAUCAACAUUUGUUGAUUAUUUUUCUUUGGAAUAUUGUGUAGAUUUCUUUUUGGUUUUCUUAUUUCGUUUUUUAAAUAAAACGAUUGAAAAUCAGAGCAAAAAAGGAGAGUGAAAAACCCGUUUUCACAAUACGUCUGGCAUCAACGUUAUUUUUUUAAUCGAGCUUAUGUAUUGUACUCCAUUUUAAUUCAACAAACCCAUUUGUGUGAGACUGUUUUUUAUAUAUACUUCGCAAACAACAUUUUUUUUCUCGUCGAAAUUUUAUCAAAAGAGUUGAGAAUCAAGAAUAAAAAAAAAACAACAACAAAAAAAUACAUUUAACAAAUCGAACGAUUUUCGAAGUAUUUAAAUCCCCAUUUUCGUUUAGUUGAAUAGUAAUACCUUUUGCCUUACAAAUACUUGAUAACAAAAAAAAAAAUAACGAAUUAGAACAAAACCAAAACCAAAACAAUAACACAAACGAAAUAAUUAUCACUCAUCUUUAACCUUUGCUUUUCGUGGAUGUACUCGCAAGUGCAAAACUAAAUAACCCAAGAAAUUAGUGGAAUUUGAAAAACAAAACAAAAAAUAGACAAAUUGUCAUCAAAGUUCCCGAGUUAGAAGUAAAACAAAAAAAAAUAUUUGUUUAAUAUGGCUCCAUUUAAGUUGAUGAAAUUUCGAAUGGGAAGCAGCUCCAGAAGCAUAUCGCAGGAAAUUGAAGAGCCUGUUCAACAACCACUGCUUAUGCGACAAUCAGCCGUCAGCGGAAGCAAUACAACACUUAGUUCCGAAUAUAAUAGCAUGAGCACAAAUAACGAUCAACACAAUUUAUUGGCAAACACAUUUGAAGAGGAAACAGGUUAUGAGAAUCCAACGAUAAUGAGAAAUAUCACAGACGCACAUUGUUAUCAAAAUAUGAAAACAUCUUCAUCAAAUUCAACGAUAUCCCGAAAUGAUCAGUAUGAUUGCGAAGGAAAUGCCACAUCGAAUAUUGGAGGCAAAGAAGCUUCAAAAUACGAUGAACAGCAGUGUACAGUUGGUGAACAGCUUUUUUUGUCGAAUCCAUCACGUUCAAAUGAAAAUUUGAUUGACUCAACAGCCGGAUCGUGUGAUCCAUUGUUUGCAAACCAAAGCCUUGAACAGAUUAACUUGGAAGAGGAAGAAGAAGAAGAUACAACAGCCAAUUUGACCAAUGAUGAACAAGAAUGCUCAUCAAAUCUAAGUAUAGAUAAUCAAAAUCUAGUUGACGAUUGGGAUUCGCACGAAAAUCAGCUGCAAGAUAUUCAUCUACAAACGACACUAGACACAAUUAUCAACAAUAAAUCAUCGAAAAAGAUUUACAAAGCGGUGGCCAAAGAAUGGGGCAUCACAUGCAAAAUGUCCGAAACAUGUCGUUGCAUCGAUUGUCAAGGAAACUAUUUUGAUUGCGAAUUUGAUGAGAAUGAACACCAGAAAACGGACGGAGGCCUUGGGGCAAGUACACCAGUAUUUUUGAAUGAAGUUAUGAUGCAUCAGUCAUCAUGUACAAUUAUCUAAAUGUCUACUAACUCCCUCCUCCAAAAAAAAAACGAAUUUCUCCACACCAAACAUCAACAUCAAUUAAUUCUCUGAAAAUGCAACAACAACAACCAAUUCAAAUCAAAUUAGGAUAGAAAUUUUCCGUGUAAACAAAAUAAGUCUUUAAAAUUGGCACUAAUAAUGAAAUGAAACGAAACGGGGACACAUUUAUAGUGAAUUGGAAACAUUUUAACGAUAGUUUAAAUGAAAGUACCAAACAAAAAUAAUGUCUAUGGGGAAAAAAGGAAAUAUUUUAGCACUUUUUUACUUAGAAACAUUGAAGUUUAGCCAACGCAAACCAACUCACAUCAAAUUCAUAUGGGAAUUUUUAGCGAAUAUUUAUUUAAUAUUUUUGUGUGUGCCACAGAGAAAAAAAUGAAUGUGAAAUCAUUUGCACUUAUAGGGUAUAAACGUCAAUAAAACAACAAAAUCGAAUUGGAAAAUACGAACAAACGAAAUCAAUCGUUAUAAUCAAAUAUGUUUAUAAGUUUGGGUGUUAUUAUCGCAUCACAUUGAGAUGAGAGGAACCAUUUUGAUGAAUUUGAUAAGUUAGGCAUGCUGUAAGCAAAAAGCGAAGCAAAAAAUAUACUGUUUUUUUUUUGAAAUAUUGCUGACUUUAAUUGGAUUUUAAUCCCAUCGAUUGAGAUGGAUGGCAUGAAUUCGUUAUGAGCGAGUCAAUUGCAUUAUACAACCAAUAACACAAUGUCCCAUUGACACAAAUUUUGUGAGAGAAAUCAAAUCGAUUUUAAUUACAUAAGAUUGCCUGCAUAUUUUAAGCUUUUAACCUUCUUGGACUUUUUUUUUUUUGGUGUUUAUUUUUAUAAUCAAAUUUAGCCGAGAGAAUACCAGUUUUUUUCCACUUUGGAUAGUUAAAUCGAUCGCGCUUAAAUGGAUUCAGUACAGAUUAGAUUUGGCAGCGAAAUCAAAAUCGUUGAUUGGAAAUCAGAACAACCAAGUUUUUUUUUUGUUUUGAAAAAAUCAAACGAUGUGAUUUAACAAAUGAAUGUGGGUUCGACCUAAGAGCAGAUUUUCAUCUGAAUAUAUAUGAUGUUUCAUCAACAUGUUUUGUUUUUGAAGUUGCUCAGACGAUAGAUUUUUUCAUGCUCUACACAUUUGAAAAAAAAAGAUAUCAUAGAUAGAUAUGAAUUGUAUACUUCCUCAUAAUUCUUCGUCGUUCCAGUUUUUGCUGAAGUUGAUCUUCAACCUAACGCGCUUGUUUCAAUAAUAAAAGAAAUAACAUUUUUAAUAAGACGGUAUGAUGUACGAUGAAAUAGCCAGAUAUAUUAUUGUAUGUAUUAUGAGAUUGAGCAUAAAAAAUCUGUCUUCGAAGCCUAGAUGAAGCCUAUUUAGGCCUUGCAAUUUUCGUGUCCCAUUUGAGAAACAUCAAAUCUUAUUUAACUUGCAUUCAUUUCAUCCGGCCUUUUGGGAUUUCUAAUUAGAUUGUAUGUUGAAUCGCCAAAUAAACUGAUACUAUUAUCACGAGGAAAACUCGUUAACAACA